AUGACCUUCGAAUCUAAACCUAUCCCCGACCUAGAAACUACCAGCGUCCCUACAGAGACGGAGAAGCAAGAUGCCCCAACACCAAUACCAGACAAUAAAUCGACAGAUCUGGAAAGCCAAACGGCACCCGGCGCGCUUGCCCCGCGCCGGGAGGACUUUUCGGCCUUCAAAGCCCUGGGUUGGCUCGACCGCUUCCUCGCUCUCUGGAUCUUCCUCGCCAUGGCAGUGGGCAUAAUUCUCGGAAACUUUGUCCCCUCCACCGGGCCUGCCCUACAGAAGGGCAAGUUUGUCGGCGUGUCUGUGCCGAUAGCCGUUGGCCUCCUCGUUAUGAUGUACCCAAUUUUGUGUAAAGUCCGCUACGAGUCUCUGCACAGACUCCUCUCGCAGCGAUCGAUGUGGAAGCAGAUUAUUUUCAGCAUCUGCGUCAACUGGAUCCUGGCCCCUUUCUUCAUGCUUGCCCUUGCUUGGGCUUUUCUCCCCGACGAGGGCGGUUUGAGAACCGGCCUGAUCCUCGUGGGAUUGGGGCGAUGCAUUGCCAUGGUUCUGAUCUGGAACGGGCUCGCCGCUGGUGACAACGAAUACUGCGCCAUUCUCGUCGCCAUCAACUCGGUACUCCAGAUGGUUCUCUUCGCACCUUUAGCCGUAUUCUUCAUCCGCAUCAUAGGCGGCGAAACACACACUAUCGAUGUAUCGUACGAUGUCGUCGCCACCAGUGUUGCCGUUUUCCUAGGCAUACCACUAGGAGCAGCCAUCGUGACCCGGUUCACACUACGCGCGACGGCUGGUCCUGAUUGGUACGAACGCGUCUUCCUCAAGUUCGCGUCCCCCUGGUCCCUCAUCGGCCUGCUCUACACUAUCCUCGUCCUCUUCGCCUCCCAGGGUCGCCAAGUCGUGCACCAGAUCGUUUCCGUCGUACGCGUCGCGGCGCCGCUCAUCGUGUACUUUAUCUGCAUCUUCUUUGUCACUCUCGUCAUCGCUCGCAGGCUUGGAUUCGUGUAUCCCCUUGCCGUGACGCAGAGCUUUACCGCUGCAAGCAACAACUUUGAGCUGGCGAUUGCUGUCGCUGUGGCCACCUUUGGUCCCGAUAGUGACCAGGCGCUCGCGGCGACGGUUGGCCCGCUUAUCGAGGUGCCCGUUUUGAUUGGGCUGGUGUACUUGGUCCGUUGGUUGAGGAAGCGAUGGGCGUGGAAAGCGUAG